AUCUUGCAUAUCGCGGCUUUCGACUCUCAUUUCCCUUCUUUUCUUGUUCGAACAUCUUCUGAAGUUCUCUAAACCCCCAACUAAAAUGGCUAGAGAUCGAAAUGGUGAGCUAUCUACUAAGAGAGGAAGUUCCGAUAACGAAGAGCCCGGCGAACGAGAAGGAGAAGACAACGGUGCUCCCUCGAAGAUAAGCUCCGGUAGGAAUUCUGAUAAAGAUCGUGAAAAUUCAGGCUCUGAUGCGGACGAAGGACGAAAACGCGGCAAAUCAAGAAUAAAAUCGAGAGACAGUUUGGAUUCCGAUGAGAAACACGACAAGAAACGUGGGAAGAGUUCGAGAAGAAAGGGAAAAUCCCGUAGACGAUACAGUAGUAGUGAGGAGGAUUCUGAUUCCGAGGAUACCGAAUCUGAUAGCUCGAUGUAUGAUUCGGAUUCGGGACACUCGGACGCGGAAUCGGCUUCAAAUAGUUCGGGUUCGGAAGGCGAUAGCGAUAGCGAGGAGGAGAGGAGGAGGAGGAAGAGGAAAGAAAGGAGGAGGAGAAGAGACAAGGAGAGAGAGCGGAAGAGGAGGAGAAAAGAGAAGGAGAAGAAGAGGAGGAGAAAAGAGAGGGAGGAAGAGAAACGAAGGAAGGAAAAGAAAAAGAAGGAGAAGAAGGAACGAGGAAAGAAAGGGGCAGUGACGAAUUCGUGGGGAAAGUACGGGAUUAUCAAAGAAACUGAUAUGUGGAACAAGCGACCGGAGUUCACUGCAUGGUUGGCUGAAAUUAAAAAGGUUAACUUGGAAAGCCUAGCUAAUUGGGAAGAGAAGCAAAUGUUUAAGGAAUUCAUGGAGGACCAUAACACGGCCACUUUUCCAUCCAAAAAGUACUACAAUCUUGACGCUUAUUACCAGCGUAAAAUACAAAAAGAUAUGAAGAAAGGCCACAAAAAGAUUGUGGAAGGAGAACGCACUGUGUUCGAUGAUGAAGAACAAAGGAGGCAAGAACUACUCAUAGAACGUGAAAAGCACAAGGAAGAACAAGUGGAAGCCUUGAAGCGCUCUAUGCAGACUGGAAUGGCACAAGCAAUGAAAGAACAAGCUCGACUUAGGGAGGAGAUGGCUUAUCAGUAUAAGCUUGGAAACUUUGAGGCUGCAGCUGCCAUCCAGCGAAGAUUGGACCCAGAUGUUGCCUUGUGAGAACUGAGAGAAAGAGGCAUUAUCUCGUGUUUGGGUACUACACGGUUGCAUUCUCAAGAACUCCGAAAGUUCCGGAAGGUCGUGUUUGGAUUUCCAAACAAAGGGAAGCUCUCCAAUCCCAAUCAUUUCUGGCAACCUCUGUAGUUUUAUAGCAUCCCAUGGAUAAGUACAGGAAUGGUUUUGACUUGUUUUUCCUUUGGAUAAUAAGGGUAGUUGCAUAAAGUCCUUAUGUUAUCUAGGUGUAAAAAAACAUUCCCCUUGCUAGAAUUAAUUGUAGUUAUAGUUAGCAGUCCAAAUGUGGGUCGUGAAUUUGAGCAUAUGUUGUGCCCUCAGAAAUGGACAGAGAGAAGAAAUGGCAUUUCUAGUCAUUUUUUUUGCGUUAACGGCUGAACAAUGGAUGGAUUGUUUUAAUGGAAAAGUUAGGGGUUCUACUCUUUAACAAGAACA